AACGUUGUGCAUUUCUGGAACAAGGUUUUCUCCUCUGGUACGUAUAAUCUCAUGGCUGUUGGGAAUUCUGGACAUCGCUGUGUCCUGCUCCUUUCUUUUUCUCAUUGUUCCUCGCAGCUCCGCUCACAGAUUUGGACCAACACUCUCCAGAGAACAAUUUUGACAGCAACUCCAAUUUUUGGAUUUCCAAAGAUACAAUGGCGUUCUCUUGACGAGAUCAAUUCUGGUGUGUGUGAUGGGAUGACAUAUGAAGAGAUAAAGAAAAUUAUGCCUGAGGAAUAUGAGUCAGGCAAAAAGGACAAGCUGAGAUAUCGCUACCCCCGUGGGGAAUCUUACCUUGAUGUGAUUCAGAGGUUGGAACCUGUCAUCAUCGAGCUGGAGCGCCAGCGAGCACCAGUGGUUGUUAUAUCCCACCAGGCUGUACUGCGAGCGUUGUACUCGUAUUUUGCCGGCGCUUUGUGUGGAGGGCAGCGGUAGGCUAGGUCGAUGGAGGAGCUUGGGUGCUCCAAAGGCGUGGUCCACGAGGAAUAGGCGAUGAAGGGCGAUCUUUACAUUGGCCGCAUCGAGGAGGCCAUGUCCCUGAAACGGAGCGGCGGUGCCUCAUCCACUGCUUCCUCAAGCAGAAGAACAACUCAUCCGCUGCUUCCUCAACCGGAAGAACAACUCCAUCAGAGUUAUGGACAGCGUUGCCAAAACGGCCACAUCUAACUAGUAAUCUAUGUGACAACACAUGCCUUUCAGUUCU